UGAUUACAGUUUUCUCUUAACUAGUUGCCAGGGAUAGUCUCCGGGAAGCGCCAGCCAUCCCCAGAGCUGCGGGAGUGUCCCAAAAUCCAUCCCUUCUUGCUGAAGCAGUUCUAGGAAGGGAUGGAGUGCUCCGAUUCUAAGGUUCUUCCUGAUUCCUGGGAUGUAAGCCAAGUGACUCCUAUCCUGAGUCAUUGCAGUCUAAGAUGUCCACCAAGCUGAGAGAGGAUCCAGUCUUGACUCCUGUGGUCCACACUCCAGAGGAGCAGGAGGGUCUGAGAAUAGUGAAGGUAGAGGAAGAGGAGAACCAUGCUUGGGAGCAGAAGCCUGGACAACUAGGGAAUGUGCACACUUAUCAGGAGCUUCUUCGUCAGCGCUUCAGACAGUUCCACUAUCAAGAGGCCCCUGGACCUCGAGAGGCACUGAGACGGCUCCGGGAGCUCUGCCAAAAGUGGCUGCAGCCUGAGAGGCACAGCAAGGAGCAGAUCCUGGAGCUGCUGGUGUUGGAGCAGCUCCUGAGCAUCCUGCCAGAGGUGGUUCAGGCCAGGGUAUGGGAGUAUCAUCCAAGGAGUGGAGAGGAAGUGGUGACUGUGCUGGAAAAUCUGGAGACAGAACUUGAAGGCAAAGGACAACAGGUCCAAGCCAGUGCACAUUACAAACAAGAAGUGCUAUGGAAGGAAGUGAGACCUGCAAGCCUUACAAAUCAGUCACAGAUCGUCCAGCUAAAGUGUGAUCCUUGGGAGAACUUUAUUCUGCAAGAGAAUGGGUGCCCUCAGAAGCCUUCACUUGAAACUCCAGGCAUGAUGGCUGUGGACACAAGAAAGUCUACUGGUCAGCUGUUCCAAGCCCCAUGGGGUCAGCAGGGCCCUAUGAUGGUGACAGUGAAGCUGGAGGAAGACCACCCCAUGAAUCAGGGUCUCAGCCUUCCAGAGAACCAGCCUCCUGCCCAGGAGAUCUUCAGGCAGCAGUUUAGGCACUUCUGCUACCAGGAUUCCCCUGGACCCCGGCUUUCCCUGAGCUGGCUCCAGGAGCUCUGCCAUCAGUGGCUCAGACCAGAGACACAUACCAAGGAGGAGAUUCUGGACCUGCUGGUGCUGGAGCAGUUCCUGUCCAUCCUGCCCCAGGAGCUCCAGGUCCCGGUUCAGGAGCAUCAUCCAGAGAGUUGGGAAGAGGCAGUGACCAUGCUGGAGAAUCUGGAAAGAAAGAGAAAUGUUUCAGCUUGUGCUCUGGAACAGAAGAUACUUUUGCAGACAAUGACCCUUCAAACACUAAAUGAAGAAUCUUCAUAUACCCAAGUUCAGCCUCCAGCAGUGCAGUUCAAGGGCGAAAGACCUGAGCCCCGACCAUCAGAGGAAACAGAUGGUGAGAUGAGGACUGAGAAUUUGACAUUAGAAGUGAAACAGGAACCUUGUGAAGAAACAGAAUGGUGUAGGGAGGGGUCUGAUGGACAUCAUGAAACCAUAUGUCAGCAUGCCAUACAGAGAGGAGACAAUGAGCCUAGUGAAAAUUUGGAAAUGCAGAAUGGGGAUGCCACAGGUGAGAAAAUACAUGAAUGUGAUGAAUGUAAGAAAACCUUCAUCUGGAUGAGAGGCCUUCAUAUGCACAAGAGGAUCCGCAAUGGGAAGAAACCAUACUCCAGUACAGAAUUUGCGCUUUACAACAAGGAAAAGCUUGAUCAGUGUAAAGAGGGUGGCAAAGACUUCAGUCAGAAAGCAGGCCUCUCUCAACAUCUCAAAAUCCACACUGUAGAAAAGCCUCAUCAGUGUAAUAAAUGUGGCAGAUGUUAUAGUCAAAGAUCAGUUCUUUCAAAACAUCAAAGUCUCCACACUGGAAAGAAACCUUUUGAAUGUAUAUACUGUGGGAAAACCUUCUGCCAUAGUGCAGACCUCACUGAACAUAAACAAUUGCACAACAGAGAGAAGCCUUAUGAAUGUAAUGAAUGUGGGAAAACCUUCAGGCAGCGUUCAAAUCUUACUGAGCAUCAGCGAAUUCACAGUAAAGAAAAACUUUAUGAAUGUAAAGUAUGUGGAAAAGCCUUCACUCAGUAUGCAGGACUUAACCAACACCGGAGAAUCCACACUGGAGAGAAACCUUUUGAAUGUCCUGUAUGUGGACGAGCUUUUAGCCGAAGCUCAGAACUUAUAAUACAUCACAGAAUUCACUCAGGGGAAAAACCUUAUGAAUGUGCUGAGUGUGGAAAAACCUUUAGAGUGAACUCAACCCUGGUCAUACAUCAGAGAAUUCACACUGGGGAGAAGCCCUAUAAAUGUGACGAGUGUGGUGAAGCCUUCAGUCAACACUCAGGCCUUAACAAACACAAGUUAGGAGGAAAGCACAGAAACCCUCCUAAACUAAGAAAAUAUACAUGUGAUGAGUGUGGAAAGACCUUCACACAGUUAACUGGCCUGAGAAACCACAAAAGAAUCCAUACUGGGGAUAAGACCUACCAAUGUCCUGAGUGUGGCAAGGCCUUUACAAGGGGAGAGCAUCUUAUUGAACAUCAGGGGAUUCACAACAAGGAGAAUCCUUAUCAAUGUAAAGAGUGUGGCAAAGCCUUCAGUCAGAAGACAGGUCUUAGUCAUCAUCUCAAAAUCCACACAGGAGAGAAACCUUUUGAAUGUUCUCAAUGUGGGCGAGACUUCAGCUGUAAAUCAAAUCUCAAUAAACAUAAAAGAGUCCACUCUGAGGAAAAAUCCUAUACAUAUAAAUAGUGUGGAAAGGCCUAUUAGGUAGAGAACAUUGCUAAUCCAACAUCAGAGAGGCCACAUCCUGCUAAGCCUCAGCAGUGGUGUGAAUGAGGUAGAGCCUAGAAGCUCAGCUCUGAUUAGUCACCAUAGAAUCCACUAAAAAGACUCCUUGCCAAGAUGUCUAGUGACAACUUCAAGUAGAAUUCAGAAUUUUUUUAAAUUGAGGUGAAAUGUUUCUUAAACUUCAUUACUUAAAGAAUGUCAGAUAUACUGUGUUGAAAAGUUGUUUAAAGGUCAUAAAUGCUGGAAAAGUUGAGAAUUUGGGAAA